AAUAAAAGAACAUCGCAGGAUCGCAAUAAGCGUAGUCAACGAUCAGUUUUGGGGAACGAAUAUUGUCAGGUCUUGAGCGCUUUUUCGAGGGGUUGCCAAUUGCUAAUUUAAGAACAAAUCACAAUAAUGAAUCCCACACAUUGUUGGAUGCUGGUGAUACUCGCCACGGCAGCCGUUGCCCUUCCCCAGUCAGAAGUAGUCCCAGCUGCACAGGACCCUGAGCCCGUACCGGAACAACUCUCCGAACAGAAAGCUGCCGAUGAGCAGCCUAUUCAGGUUCCCGCAGUAGCUCCCGCCGUCAAACUUGCUGAUCUAGCUAUGGUCAAUGAGCAUCCAGUAAAUGUAGAUGAGUAUGCUGCCCGCCGGAAGCGACAGUUUGAGGAAGUCGAUGUCAAUGUUGACGUGAUCAAUAAUAAUGGUGGUUUUGGUGGUCCUGGGUUCAACCGUGGAUAUCCCGAGUAUGGAAACGGUGGCUUCGGAGGUUACGGAGACUAUGGCAAUGGUGGAUUUGGACGGGAUUACUAUUAAAGGGUGCCAUUUUUUUUCUUGCAAUUUAGUGGUGGUGUUGUCCUACUUUAUUAAGCUUUGAGGAACAGUCAGUGUGGGCGCAUUUCAAUUGGGCCUUGAAUCAAAGAGGAGUGCAUAAACAAAUGCAUACCAUGAUUAGUUAUCGAUUUUUUUGAAUUGAUUGAACUGUAUGUAGAAUCUUGUAUUUUUGUUAAACGAUAAACGAUUGAACUAUUGCAACUGUUCACCUGUGGAUACUCUCAGCAUCAUUCUCGUCAUCAUUUUCAUUAUGGAUGAAAAUAAAAUUGUUCAUCAGCAGGAGCAUUGAUUGUGCGUGAUAAAAAGAUAUUAAUAAGCUUUCAUGGAAUUAAAUAGUGACUGUCGUUUUAUAAAUCAACACCUGCUUCAGGAUUUCGUGAAAACUUCUUG